GCUAGUAUUGAUUCGGAUGAUUUUCAUCCUGUUUGCAAUAAAACACCGCUUCCCCCAAACGCUGAGAAAAGUUUGCUGAAACAAAUGUGGGAAGACGAAAAUGAAACCAGCAAAAAAAUUUGUCCUCAACCGAUUAUAGUUGAAACAGAUAAUCAGAGUAAAAAGAAACGACGUACAGUACGUUUCAAAACUGAAGAUGAAACGUAUUCAGCUAAACCUAUCCCGGAUUUAUCAUUAGAUUUGGAGAUCGUUAAUGAAGAACCACGUUUUUCGUGUUCUAUGCCUAGAUCAAUUUUGCGUAAUUAUGAAGAAAAGUCACCAGUUGAUGUUGAAGCCUUAGCUGCUACAGUUGAAUGUGAGAGAGAACAGAAAGUUAUUCCUGUUUCAACAACGACUUUUACGGGUACAGUUGUAGAAAGGGAUCCAUCUUCUGAUAAUAAUCCAAGUACUGAAUCACAAUCAAUUAAAACUUCACCUAAAAAUGGUUCAUCGCGACGCGUUUCGAAAUUCAAAAUGUCUCGUGCACAGUUUGAUUAA